UUCUCCCAUUCCCUGAAGUAUUUCUCCGUCGCCAUCUCAGAGCCCAGUCAGGGGCUGCCCCACUUUGUCGUUGUGGGGUAUGUGGAUGAUCAACUCUUCAGUUAUUACGACAGUCACACCCGGAGGAUGAAGCCUCGAGUCUCCUGGAUAGAGAAGUAUGUGGGGAAGGAGGAUCCCCAGUACUGGGACAGAAACACCCAGAUAUUACGUGACACUGAGGAGUCGUUCAGAGGAAGCCUGGAGAUUCUGAGGUAUCGGUACAAUCAGAGUGAAGGCUUUCACAUAAUACAGGCGAGGUAUGGCUGUGAGCUUCGGAGAGACGGGAGCAAAGGAGGGUUUGUACAGGAUGGAUAUGAUGGGAGGGACUUCAUCUCCUUCGACAAGGAGACCCUCACCUGGGUGGCUCCCGACCCCCAGGCCCAGAUCACCCAGAGGAAAUGGGAUGCUCUUCCAGCACGGAAUGAGUACUUUAAGUCCUACCUGGAGAAGGAAUGCAUUGAAUGGCUGGAGAAACACCUGUCGUACGGGAAAGAGACGCUGCUGAGGACAGAGCCCCCAGACGUGACGCUGGACAGAGACAAGACAGAGGUGGAGGAUGGGAUGGAGACGCACAUCUGCCAGGUCCACGGCUUCUACCCCAGGGAGAUCGAUGCCUUCUGGACGAGGGACGGGGAGGUCUGGCUGCAGGACACCCUCCAUAAGUCUGUGGCCCCCAACGCGGAUGGGACCUACCACUACUGGCUCAGCAUCCGGAUCGACCCCAAAGAGAGGAGCCGCUAUCGGUGCCACGUGCAGCACGACAGCCUGCAGGAGCCUCUGGACCUGGCCCUGGAAGUGUUUGAGGUUGGUGCAGCUGCAGGGACCAGAGCAUAGAACUGACUUCAGGGGAUGGAAAGUACAGAAUCCCAUCACAAGAGUUGGCCGAUCCUGAUGAAAUGCCCUCAGAUCCUCUCUUAGGCCUUCCCCGUUUCUUGCCCCCAGCACCAGAAAUAGAUUUCCUUUUGUUCACAAUUCCUAAAGUACAAGAAUCAGGAGGAGUCUGGUUGCCCCUUUUCUGAAGGAAAAUUCUGACUAAAAUGGAUGAAGUGCAGCCGACUUCAGGAAAUGCAGAGAGUGGCUGGACUGAUGCAUCAGGAGUCAGAAAAGAGGCUAAGAAGUCUGAGUUUUAUUUCCCAUCAGAGACUAACAGGGUUUCCUGCUUUAAAGGUCAAA